AUUAUACCUUUUAACAAAGACAGUCGUUCCCAAAAGUUCUCGUUCACUGAUCAGACAACAAACCCUAAACGAAGAAGGAAGAAGAGAGAGAAAGGAAGAACCCUAGAUUCUCUCUUUCUCUCUCAACCUUGAUCUCCACUCCACACAGAUCCUUUUUUCUGGGUUUUCACAUAUGGCGGAUCCAGCACCACCGGCACCUGUUUCUGCUCAAGUUGUUGGGAAUGCUUUUAUUCAGCAGUAUUAUCAUAUACUGCACCAGUCACCUGGGCUGGUUCAUCGUUUUUAUCAGGAUAUCAGCAAACUUGGUCGGCCCGAGGAAGAUGGUUCUAUGAGCAUGACCACUACUAUGGAUGCAAUCAAUGCUAAAAUCUUGUCACUUAACUAUGGCGACUUCAAGGCUGAGAUCAAAUCCGUUGAUGCUCAAGAAUCCCUAAACGGUGGAGUCAGUGUUCUGGUAACUGGAUUCAUGACUGGAAUCGAUAAUAUUCAGCAGCAGUUCACACAAUCUUUCUUCCUCGCACCUCAAGACAAAGGCUACUUUGUGUUGAAUGACAUGUUUCGCUACAUGAACAUUGACAACCAUCAUGACGAAGACCAUCCUCCUACUGAGGAUGUGGUGGCUUCCGCAACUCCCGAGCAAGUGCCCGAGGUUGUCCCGGUGCCGGAGAAUAAUAUUCCCGAGCAAGCUGCUGUAUUGACAGAGGAAUCUGAAGCGGAACCGGCUGUUCUUGUGGAGAAUGGAGAAGUUCCCGUUGUUGAGGAAGACCCGGUUCCCGAGGUUGUUGAUGAAGUGCAGGAUUCCUCACAGCUGGCAGUUGAAUCUCACACUAAAGUUGAGGAAAUGCCAAAGAAGUCGUAUGCAUCUAUUGUAAUGGAUAUGAAACAGAAUGGUGUGCCGUUUUCAUCUCCAGCACCAGCACCCAGAAAACCACAACCAAGGAAACAAGAACAACAUUUGAAUAUCGCUCUCCCAACUACUGUAGCUGCCGAGCCAGUGGCUUCCAAUGCGGAUGCUGUUGAAAACACUCUUCACGAGGAAGAAGUUGAAGGUUACUCUGUGUAUAUCAAGGGUCUUCCAAUGAAUGCUACACAUGCAUUGUUAGAAGAGGAAUUCAAGAAGUUUGGACCUAUCAGGCCCAAUGGUAUUCAAAUUCGAAACAACAGGGGAUUCUAUUUUGGUUUCGUUGAAUUUGAGGUGCCAGAUGCGGUUCAAAAGGCGAUCGAGGCUUCACCGAUCACGAUCAAUGGAAAAAAUGCUGUUGUUGAAGAGAAGCGAUCUACAAUCUCUAAAGGAGGAAACCGAGGAAGAUUCGUAGGUGGAAGGGGACCCGGAUUUAGGAAUGAUGUCAUGAGAGGUCGUGGAAGCUUUGGUGGCGGCAGGGGUUACAAUCGAGGCGGUGAUUUUGGCGGCAGCCGGAAUGAUUACAUGUACAGAGGUAGCAGCCGUGGAGGACCUUCUUCAAACCGUGGUGGUGAUGGAUAUCAAAGAGACAACAAUGGUGGCCGUGCGAAUCGUGGGGCGGAUGUUAAUGGCUCAGCUAGAGUUACAACAGAGUGAGAUCCUGCUUGUGACUUCUUCACAUUUCAAAUUUACGGUGGGUGAUAAUAGAGACAGGUAGAAAGAGCUUUUUAUUUCUUCUAAACAUUCUUGGACGUGAGGAUUCGGUUAAGUUUUAAUUUACCAACAAUUGUGAUUGGUAGGAAUUAGAUCAUGUUUAUUUUGUUACGGUCAUUAACUGACAGUUGGGUAAUACUGAGAAGGUAAUUAUGUUUUGGUACCAGUGUACUUUUGGUUAUGUUACCUGAAUGGGAUGUAGCCUUUUAUGGGUAA